AUGUUAUAUGCACCAAUUGUUGGCAUCAAUAACCAUGGACAAACCACACUCUUUGGAUGUGGUCUAUUAGAUGGCGAAACAACAGAUGCGGUAACAUGGUUAUUUACCACUUUCUUGGAGGCCAUGGGAGGAAAGAAGCUGGUAUCUAUAUUUACGGAUCAAUCUAGAGCAAUUGCAAAUGCCAUUCGUGCUAUGUUUCCUGAUUCUCAUCAUGGAUUGUCUUGCAUAUAUGAUGGAGAGACAAUUGAAGAAUUUGAAGAGAGUUGGAAAAAGUUACUUGUAGAUGUUAAGCUCAUCGAUAACGUGUGGUUGCAAAAGUUGUAUGAGUUUCGAGAAAAGUGGGCUCAAGUUUAUAGUCAUGCUUAUUUUUGUGCUGGAAUGACUUCAACACAAAGGAGUGAGAGCAUUAAUAAGUUUUUGAAAAAGUAUUUUGGGAGUACCCUUGUUCUUCGGGAGUUCGUCGAUCAAUAUGCUAAGGCCAUAGCUUGUAGGUGUGAAAAAGAAAGAGAAGUUGAAAAUAGGACGCAGCAAAUGUCGCCGAUCUUAGUUUCUAAGUGGUCUGUCGAGUGUGAAGCAGCUGAAAAAUACACGAAAAAGAUGUUCUACUUAUUCCAAAAAGAAUUCCAACAAGCUUUGGAUUUGUCUUUAAAUUUGGAAAACGAUGAUGGCACAAUUAGUACAUAUAUUGUUAAGGAGUUGGAGGGUUGGAAAAAAAUUCGCAAACUUGUAUAUAAUCCCUUGAAACAUUCGAGAUGGACUAGGAAAAUUGUAGAUGAAAAUGUUUUUGACCUUCAUGGAGAUAUAAUUCCGAACGACAUUGAUCCUUCACUCACGAUUUGUUAUAGUGGAUUGUCACAAAUUGUACAAAGGAUUGUAAGUAAGGGUUCGAAGUUUCCAAAAGUGUCUUCUUUAACUGAGGUUGGAUUACUAAAGCUUGAAGCAAAAGUUGAAUCAUGGAUAAGUUCUAGGUGUGAGAAUCAUAACAUUGAAUCCAACGCACAAGAUAGUUCAACCUUAAAUGUGGAUGACGAGGCACCAUUGCGAGAUCCAACAAAGAGACAACGUCGAGGUCAAGGUAGCAAAGGGGAGAACUCCACAACCAAAGCAAUGACUUGA